GGUGUGUAUGGUGUGUAGUAUACUUUGUUGUCUCGCAAAUAUUUUGAUAAAAUAUCCCCUAAAAUAAGUAAAAAUGGCUACGCCGCCACGGGAAACUAUUCAGAAGACAAUUCAGCAAGACUGGGCCAACAGAGAAUACAUUGAAGUCAUUACGGGGAGCAUAAAAAAGAUAACAGACUUCCUCAAUUCCUUCGAUAUGUCUUGUAGAUCACGCCUAGCUACGUUAAACGAGAAAUUGACAUCUUUGGAGAGGAAAAUUGAUUACUUGGAGGCCUGCGUCACAAAAGGGGAGACAUUAACAUAAUAGUACUUUAGGUUUAAUACUAGUGUACCUAACUCAUAACAUAACUAUGUCACAGUGUAACCCUACAGUAUAAAAUAUAGGUACAGACAGCAGCAGAAGUUGCUAAGCAGGCGAGCUGUUCAAAAUUACCUUGACAC